CACAUGUUAAUAUCAGCCUUGGCUCUGUACUUCUGGUGAAGAACAGAAUAUUUAUUGGUGACUGUCCUAGGAAAGGAGAUGUCCCAGGAAAUGCCUCAAACCACGAGCCAAAUGAUCAAUACCACAUGUGCUUUGCAUGGAAAAAGCAACAACGCCCAGUUGGGCAGUUCCUGUGAGUGCGACUUGAAAAGGAAGGCAGGCCACUAUCAAGAAAAAAAUGUUAUUGCUCAGCCAGUAUUUGUUUUUGAAAACAGAGAUCAGACUUUUAAGAGACCAGCUGAAGACACUAUUGACAAAGUAGAACAUGGACUCCCCGGCUCUUCAAGAAAGCGUGCUCGAUCUUCAUCUUUCACUUUCCACACGGCAGAUACCAAGCAAGAGUCAGCACCCUCCCAAAAACGAAUGAGAUCAUCUUCCUUCACUAUCCUUCCUACAUUUCCCCCCUCCCAGCCAGUUAAGAAAAAUAAUGUUUUCAUGACCACAACUGCUUCACAAUGGAAUGUUGACACGGCCAGGACAGAAAAAGGCCCUUGGGAGCGUAGUCAACAAUGUCGCAUUCUAAGACCUGCCAUUUUGCAACCACCUCAAUCUCAGAGAUGUGUAGAAAGAAAUGCAUUUGAGCAUGCCAAGGCCAUGGAAUUUUACAAGACCAGUGAAAAAUCAAAAAAUGAGCUUUCUGAAGAGAAUCCUCACAUGCAGAGUGAAAAUUCAGCAAGUACUCACCCCUUAGUCAAAUGUACUAGCUCACAUCUUUUAAGUCUUACCCCAAUAAGAAGUCAACCAAAUGAAGACAGACAUUCAUUACAAAACCAUAGUUCCAAUUUCAUUUUUGGAGAAAACAUGAAUGAGAGAGUUUUGAGUCCACAAAAACCCACUGAGCUUCACCAAGAAAAGGAUCUGUACAAUAAGGAAAAGCCAUUUACUUCCUCUGUGUCUUUUCCCUUCCACUUUUCAUGGACAAGCUCUUGUAAAAACACAACUCUAAAGGAAUCAGCAGCUGCAUUCUCCUCCAAGCCAUCACCAAAAUGUAUACUGGAGAAAAUUGAAGUUAUAACAGGAGAGGAAGAAGAACGUAAUGUAUUAAAGAUCAACUGCAAACUCUUUAUAUUUAAAAAGAUGACACAAUCUUGGACUGAAAGGGGCAGAGGAACUUUGAGACUUAAUGACACAGCCAACAAUAACUCUGGAAUGCUGCAGUCAAGGCUGAUUAUGCGAAAUCAAGGCAGUCUAAGGCUGAUCCUCAACAGCAAACUCUGGGCACAAAUGGAGAUACAAAGAGCAAGUCUCAAAAAUCUACGCAUCACUGCCACAGAUUUAGAUGACUGUUCCAUCAAAAUAUUUUUAAUUCAGGCAAGUGCUAAAGAUGUUGGAUGUCUUUAUGCAGCAAUACAUCACCGUCUUGUUGCAUUAAGAACAUUUUAUAAACAGGAAAUAGAUGUAAAUGAAAUUGAAGCUGAGUCAGAAACAGUCAUCCAAUUAUUAAGCUGUGAUAGUUGUGAUGAAGAUGAUGAUAUGCUUAAAGUCACCACAGAUCGGUCAGAUCCUUCCAGAUGGAACCAUAGAUCACCAGUUGCCUGCUCAUAAUAGCCACCAUUGGGAUUACAGCUACAGAAAGACCAUUGAAAAUCCUCAACCAUUCCAACUCACCUUCUAGUGAAAGGUUUUAAAGAAAUUAGUUUUCAAGAGAAUUAGAAUCUGGUCUGCUUCAAACUUUCCCACUUAUGGAUUUUAAUAAUCAUAUUCCGACUGCUUUAUAUUUGGAUUAAUCUGAAGAAAAAUUACCAGAAUUUAUGAAGUAUCUCACAGGCUUCAAACAUAUCAUUUUCAGAGACAUUAUUUCAGAGUAUAACUAAUCAGGAUUAUUCAUCACAUUGAUGGAUAGAACAAUUAAAGCUAUGAAUUAUUAGAUUUAAUAAAUGUCUAAUUCAAAUAUUUAUUUUCUCCAUUAUGCAUUAUCUAUCCAUGAAAUACAUAUUUCAUAGACUUCAAGGAUUGUUCCUUUAAAAAUGCUAUUGUAAGUCUGAUCCAAGUCAUAAAACAAUUUUUACCCUUGGCAAAAACGCUCUUUAUUUUCCACUUAGAUAUAUGAAUUGAUAAAAUAUUAAACUUGUGUGUUCACAGUAACA